GGACCCUUCAAUCAGCGCCUGGUAAAUGUGCUUAUCCGGCCUAGAGAAGGGCGACUUAUUUGGCAGUCGGGCGGAUCUCGCAUUGCAACCGAUGCUAUCUCCCGCAAGUCUCCGUUCACAUUUAGUCCUGAGCAGCUAACGCUUCGAGCACACCAGUCCGGCGCAGUGUCAAUAACAUUCGACCCAAGACAUACUUUGGACUUCAUGAACGGUCAGAACAAAGCCAAACUACACGCAUGUGCCUCUGGCUAUUUACAUCUUGACAACUGCGACGAGUCUGGAGUGAAGAGAAAUCAAGCACUCAUGGCAGAUCAUCUGAGGGUGGAUUUAAGUGCUGGAGUGGAAAGACCAAGCAUAUGUCUUGUAUUAGAUGACUCGAUUUCGAAGUCUAACUCUCUUUCCGAAAUGCAAACCAGAUGCCUCCAUUUCACUGCUACGCUGGGAGAUCUACUCCCAUCGAAUUCGCCCCAACAACCUAUUCAGCCUUUUACCUCUAAAGCUGACCGACGCGCAGUUGAACAACUACCACCUUUCGCAUUGCUGAGUGAAACAACGGUUCAGAGAUCUGUUGGCAUCCGCUGCGCGAACAGCACUCCUGUACAAGUCCGGAUGACGAUUUGUGAAGACACACAUUUUGGAUUUGUGGAUUAUAAUGGUUCUCUUACGGAAGCCAAGUCUGGUGGAGUUUUAGUGAAAACAAAGGAACUGGUCGUGAAUCCAUCCCACACAGAGCAGAUUGUGGUGCAAUUCCGACUCACCUCAUCAUCCAUCACAUCAGCUGGAAGAAUACGACAAUCGAAGACGCCAAGGAGUGUCACACCUGCUGAAGUAUACUCGGAACAAAGCGGGCAGUUGGAUUUAGUUGCUUUUUCGCCGAACUCAGAUUGUCUCAAUCCGCUGUUCGUAAAUACCUACAAACUGCAGUUGCGAGUAAAAGUUUUUGGACCAAGUCUGAGAAUUCUCACCCAAGGCCAGUUGGAUUUUGGGACUGUGUAUAUUAAUGUUUCACGCACAAUGGAGAUACGAAUCAUCAACGAAGGUGAAAGCCGAUCACUCUGGAUAGCACGUAUCGAAGAUGUGUCUGAGACAGGUGUUCAAAUUGACGCUAUGGACGUACCGAGCAAGACCCCACGAGCGAAAUCCGGUUCCUUUGAUAGUAACCCAUUCAGGCUCCCAAUCAACCGCGGAUUUCUAGAGAAAUGCUCCAACAACGAGUCUAAACACAUCGCCGCAAUACCCAUCGGUUUCUGUCCACCGUAA